GUGAUGUCACGUCGUCGUACAUUACGUUACAUUUCACAUACACACAUGUGGCAUGUACGAACUGUUUGUCAUGCACCGCUUGCGCAGUCAAAAGUGAAUCUCGAUCAGUUGUUUUGAAAUUAAAAUAUCUUCUUCCCGUGGUAUAAAAAAGGGUCUCUUCCUUACUAGCUCCGAUCUCAACUCAUCAUGCCAAAGAGAGCGUGUCCAUUCGGGGAAUACUUCCCCAAUCAGAUGAAAGUCCACGUGGGGGUAAAAGAGAUUUCUCAAGGAGUUAAUCGAGAGAAACACAUGCGAGAUAUUCACGAAAAGACCCUUGCAUUGAUGUUUGCUUCUCAGCAGAGAGUUCAAAACAAACCAAAGAUGAACUUAACAACGCCAACAGUACCUGAAAAUGUCACAAAUGGCCACCACCCAGAAAAUGGUGGGAUGGUCGGCGUAGCAACAGGUGGUUGUGACGACGAUGGUUGGGGUUGUUCACAGAUGGAGCUAUUGGCAGGGCAGUGUCGUUUAGAUCAUCAUGGGAGAAUCAUUGUGGGACAAACUGUACAGCCCAAGACCAAAGCUCAGCACCAUGUAACACCAAGAUGUAAAACCUGCAGCAAGGUUACACUACCCGAAGUGUCAAGCUGCUAUGCCUGUCGGUCACCACUCUGCACUAAUUGUUCAAGUGCUUGUUUGCAAUGCUGCAAUGGAUUCUGCAGUAUGUGCUCCAUGGUCAACUAUGAUGAAAACUUUGAUAGAUUGUUCUGCUUGAGUUGUGCGUCACAGUUGAAUUGAAGAUCUAUUUGGGAUGGAUAACUCUUGCCUUCAAAUGGACUUCAAAGGGUGUGUUUUGUAUCGUCCACAGUCUACAAUAUUUCUAGAAAUCCUGGAACUUUAGGUCUCUGAAACUUUGAGAACUUUUUGCUGAUUAAGCCAAGUACAUGUACUGUAGCAAUGUCUAUACAUGAUUUGACUUAGCAGUUGAAAAGCUGGAUACAACUGCAUCAGUAGUGGACAAGAAAAAUGUAAAUAAUGUUUCAUAGUUUGUUAUAAAAGUUGCUGUAAAUUUCUUGUAAAUUUGUUUGACUGGGUUCUCAAAAAUCUUGAACUCAUUUAUAGAAAGAUGUUGACAUGGUAAAGCAAAAAGUAUGGCUUACAAUAUUUCUUUGCUAAGCAAAAAGUUAUAGCGGGGUGCCAGUCGCAAUAAAAGUAUAUAAAAUUUGGGCAGGUAAAUCUGUCUACUAAUUAAGAGUUUUUUGAACAGCUUUUUCGCUUCGACACAUGCUCACACACACGCACGCGCACAGACGCCAUCUUGAAGGGCAGAUAUUUGAACAGUGACAUCAUAUUCAAUACGGUCUAUAGCAGGGUUACGUCUGUAUGGAAUGAAUGAACUCUGACCCAGUCGCUGCAAACGUGUGCAUGCUGGAAGUCGCAUCACAGUAAAAGGACGUAACUUUUUUGUGAUGUGACGGCCAGCAAGUAUGUUAGCAGUAAAUGGGUUAAAAUAAUAAUAACCGUAGUUAUAACGCGCCUUUAGCCAAAUGAUGCAAAGCGCCAGGUUUUAUUACUGCAAGGAGUGGGACGAAGUAGGAGUUCUAACUUUCCAUAUAAAGCCUAAGACCUGGGCCCAACUUCAUAGAGCUGCUGAGCACAGAAAUUUGCUCAGCAUAACAUUUCUUCCUUGACAAAA